UUAGUUCUUGUAAGGUAUGGGGACGAUGCUUGAAGACUUUUUCUUUCAGAUACCCCCACAAGAAAAAGUCACAAAUGCUCAAAUCGGGCGAUCUUGCUGGCCACCCCAAAUCACCCCUCAGAGAGACGAGUCGAGUAGGGAACAUUUGCCUCAGUUUCGCCAUAGAAAUGCGGGCUGUAUGCGCUGUUGCUCCAUCUUGUUGAAACCAAAUCUCCCCCAGAUUUGUCUGUUCACUCAACUCCUGCAAUUUAGGCUCAAAAAAGUUUUCCAGCAUGAAAACAUAACGUUGAGCUGUAACUGUAACAGUAUGGCCAUUUUCCUCAAAAAAAUAAGUUCUGGGUCUUCCAACUGCAUGAGUUCUUACUGUGGAUCCGGUUUCUUCCAAUGAAGAAACUCAACGUUUGAUUGUUUUUCCAUCAGGUACGGAAACAUGGCGCGGAAUAUGGAAUCGCAAGCGCAUUGCUCUCUGCGUCGCAAUGACUGAACGGCCAUUUUCCAAAAAAGAGCGCACAGCGAAUCCACGAUGUUCUCCAGUCCAAAUCAUGAUGUUAACUGAAAACGGUUGAGAACAACCUUCCUAAUGAGACCCUGCCCAACAACCUACUCACGCCAU